AUGAUAAAUCCAAAUCAAGCAUCAACAGAUCCAAAGCCAGCUUAUAAUAAAAAUAAAACUCUACAGAUUCAAAACCUGAUUAGAUCAGAUCAGAAUCCUCUCCCAGUAAGGAGCAAAGAUCACAAAACCCCUUCACCAAACUCAUCGGUGCAUUCACCAGUCUUUCUCCUCGUCGAACGACAGAGAUUGACAAAUGUCUUCCGGGUUGGGCUUGAGUAUUGGGCUUUAAGACAUGGCUUGCCCACACACAUGAAUCCAACUUUUGCACUCAGCCCUGUUGCAAUUAACAAGCCGAGAACCAUGAAGGUCCACCCAACUCCAAAGAAGCGAAACAUGACUACCACCCAAUACGAUGCUGCUUCUCCUACCUACAUCCCAAAAGCAAAAAAGCUCAAAAGACUCCCUCACGUAUUUGCUAGAGUCCUGGAACUUCCAUUCCACUCAAACACUGACGUUUUGGUCCAAGAAACUCCAGACCGUUUCCGUAUCGUGGCCAACAGUGAGAGCAUAACCGUACGCGACGAUUAUCAAGCCCACGUAGUUGAGAUAUUUCCAGGGGUGACAAAGAUAGUGGUGAUUAGAGAAACGGACAGUGAUGAUCACGAUUUAUCUGUGGAUGUGCUUGAUAAUCAAACGUGGAGGUUUCGGCUUCCGGCCACGGUGCGCCUGGAUAUGGCGAGUACGAGGUGUAUUAGAGGGCAGUUGAUUGUUACGAUUCCGAAGGCCCUGAAUUUUGAAGAUUUUGCAGGUCGACAAGAGGUUGAAGAUAAUGCAUUUGAUGAACACGACACGUCGCCUACUUUAAGUGAUCCUCAGGCAUUGGGGGCUGGGUGGUCGGAGGAAGGUUUUAACAAGAGCCCCAAACUACCCAUUGUACCAGAAGAUGCAGCAGUCAUGCAGGUUGCUGAGAACCAAGUUCUUGGAGAGACCCCAAGAGGUGGCCAUGCAUCAGUUAUGCAAUCUGCUGCAAGACUUAACGUGAGAGCUGGUCUUCUUGAUCGUGAUGAAGGCAGCGAUGUAGUCGGAGACCAGGGCAUGGUAGUACCUGAAAAAAAUGUUGUUGGUGAUCGUGUUAUCACCGAAUCAAUUGGUGGACAGGCUGUGGCCACAUAUAUAGAACCAAGGGUGCCAAUGACUCCUCUAGGAUUAGCUCCUGACCAGGAUGCAAUCACAAUUGGUGAAGCUUUAGAGGCAACUGCUCUUUCAGCUGCUGGUAACAAACCAGUUGAUCACAGUGACGCAGCCGCAAUACAAGCGGCUGAGGUGAGAGCGACAGGCCUGUAUGAGGUUCUUUCAGGUGGAAUAGGCACGCUAGCACAGUCUGCAGGAGAGAGUAACCCCAGGGCUAGGCGUAAUGAAGACAAGACCACACUCUCAGACGUUCUGACGGAUGCUUCAAUGAAGCUGGCAUCUGACAGAAUAGCAAGUCGGGAAGAUGCUGAAGGAAUGAUUGAAGCGGAAGUGAGAAACAAGCCCAAUAAGCGCACCACGCCUGGUGGAGUUGCGACUUCAGUGGCAGCUGCAGCUAGACUUGAUCAAAAUACAAGGAUCUAA